UUAGUAAUCUCAGUUGCUUUUCUCCUAGGUACAAUACCUAGCCAUCAUGUCAAGCAAAAGAGCCAAGGGAAAGACCACCAAGAAGCGCCCUCAGCGUGCAACUUCCAAUGUAUUUGCCAUGUUUGAUCAGUCACAAAUUCAGGAGUUUAAGGAGGCCUUCAACAUGAUCGAUCAGAACCGUGAUGGCUUCAUUGAUAAGGAGGAUUUGCAUGACAUGUUAGCUUCACUUGGAAAGAACCCAACUGAUGAUUACCUAGAGGCAAUGAUGAAUGAAGCUCCAGGACCUAUCAACUUCACCAUGUUCUUGACCAUGUUUGGUGAAAAGCUGAAUGGGACAGACCCUGAAGAUGUAAUCAGAAAUGCCUUUGCGUGUUUUGAUGAAGAAGGAACAGGUUAUAUCCAGGAAGAUUACCUGAGAGAUCUGUUGACGACAAUGGGUGAUCGAUUUAGUGAUGAGGAGGUGGAUGAACUUUUCCGUGAAGCACCGAUUGAUACUAAGGGCAAUUUCAACUAUAUUGAAUUUACUCGCAUACUGAAACAUGGUGCCAAGGACAAAGAUGACUAAUGGAAUGGAAAUUCAGGGGGUGGGGGAAAGCUCCUGUUUUACUUUGCAGAACUUAUACCUGUUGGAACAUACUGCAUGCCUUGGCUCUAAUAAACGUUGCUUUUUUCAUUA